AUAAUUUACACUUGAAUUCAUUUUGAUGCUGCAAUAUUUGAUGCUUCCUUUGUAUUGGGUUUAGGUUUCUUCGAUUUUGGCUUGGUGGUUGCAAUAUUUGGUGGGUUUGGAUUUCUUCGAUUUUGGCUUUCUUUACCGUCUUCUUUAACUCCUCUUUGUCUUUAACUUUGGACUUUGCUGGAUUUUGGAGCUUAGUUGUUUGUAUUUCUGAGUUUUAUCUUGCUUGCCUAUAGUUUCAAUUGAAAACAAAAAUGCAUAGCAUGAAAUUAACAGUGAAACACAGAAACACGAUGACAAAAAUAAAACCCAUCGGAAAAUUAAUUAGUGAAGCAAACAAUAAAAACCAAAGUUGGGAAAUGAAAGACCCAAAUAAUUGUGACUGCUUCAGUGCUAUCCUCCGAUUCCCUGAACAUGUUUUUGAGUUUGAAUCGGCCAAACCUAAAACCGAGCUGAAACCUCAUUUUUCUCCUUCCCUUCCCUUGUUCUUUGAGUCGACACCUAUACAGAGAAACAUAGGCAUCAUCAGAGAUGGGCAAAUAUUGUUGGAAUUUAGAACCUAUCAUAGUAAAUUAUAUUUUUGAAUUUUAGCUUUUUCUUGCUAGGUCCUGAAAAGGGUGUUGUUUCAUAUGUGUCUUGUUUAUAGUGAGAAGGAUGGAAGAGUGGUUCAUUUUUUGGGAAUUCAAGUACCUAUUUUGAGGAGGAGAAAUUCAUUAGGUGGUCGAAUUGGGAGAAAUGGAGGAGUAUGUCAUGAUAGAGGUAAUUGCAGGGAGUAUGUCUAUAAGUGUUGUACGAGGGAGGUUUCCUCGAAUUCGAUUAUGGAAGCGGAUAGAGCAUUAUCGGUUGAUUCAGUUUCAGGGUUGAACCAUACAUGUAUUUUUAUUCAUUAUGUUUCUUCAAAGUUCUCUCAAUUUUUGUUGGUUAUAGUAGUGGACUUAUCGUUUGAUUUUCAUAGUAAGUAUGCUCAUUAAGAUGUUUGGGAUUUCCUCUCUAUCACAGUUAGAACAUGAUUUUUGAAAUUUGUUGCACUAAUCUCCAAUCAUUUCAGUAUUAUAUCUUCAACUUAUGGUCGUAAUUUCUUUUUAAUGGUUUCCUUUGCUCCUUGGAGCAACGCUAAAGUUGUCUCCGUGUGAUCCAUAGGUCACAAGUUUGAGCCGUAGAAGCAACCACUAAUGCUUGAAUUAGUUUAGGCUGUCUACAUCACACCUCUUGGGUUGCUGCCCUUCCCCGAACCUUACACAGGGCUGCCCUUUUUUCCUCUUAAGCUUAAAUUUGCGUUUUGAGUCAUUUUCGUCAGUUGGUUGAGUUAGGACUUGAUUAUACUUUGGGGUGCAUACACCUUUCCCAUCACUUUGUGUUGGAGUUUCAAACAUUUUGUUCCUUCUUUAGACAGUCACAUGCAACCCACAUAGAUCUUAGUGAUUUUUUUACUUGGAGGGUAUGAUGUUGGCAAAGACUGAUUGAUCUAUCAAUACUUAAUUUACUUAGUUGCACGGACUCAUUUUUGAUGCCGCACCAGUGUCGUAUUCUCCAAUUUACAAAUUUGGGUAAUAAACUCGGACAUGGUAUAAUAACUCUCUUGUGGGACUGUGUAAAUAGCUGUGGGGAAGUGUCUAGAAACCAAUCAAUUACUUGUUUGGUAUUUAAUGCACUAAAGCAAGACACUAAGAAUGAAUAUAGUAAAUAUGAUAUCAAUUUGUUUGUUAUUUAGCUCUGUUGACCUUUUCUCUUUUGAAGAAGUAGCACUCUUUAGUAGUAAUUUAUUCAAAUAUAAUGCAUUUUUGACUCAAUAUUCUGUGAAGUAAACAAACUUUUAUCAUGGGUUCAUGUUUUAAGCUAGCUUCAAAGUUUUACGCAAUUUGAUAGAGUUCAUUCAUAAGCUUGAGUUGAGGUGCUAAUGUUACCCUCACCUACCCUCAAAAACCCAAACCCCUCUUCAUCCUCCGCAUUAGAGACCUCUGCCCUAGUCCCAUACUCUCGCUGGGAAAUCCUUACCGGAAAAACACCUCAAAUCAACCUGCGGCAACCAACUUACAUUCAAAGCUUCUCCUUCAUCCCUCGUCAAUGUAUACUGUAAGGCUCUACCCUCACCUACCCUCGCCGGGAAAUCCUUACCGGAAAAACACCUCAAAUCAACCUGCGGCAACCAACUUACAUUCAAAGCUUCUCCUUCGUCCCUCGUCACUGUAUACUAGUUGAAGUCCAUCAGUGUUACGCAAAAUGGAGGUUAAAACAACAAAAUAUUCUGAAUCGAUCAACUCAAAUCGGAGGGGUAACAGUAGCCAGAAGAGGGAAAGGGGCUUGCAGAUAGAAGGAUACUCGCUAGAAGGGAUAUCAAUAGCAGGUCAUGAGACGUGCAUAAUAGUUCCCUCGCUUAACUUAGCCUUUGAUAUUGGCAAGUGUCCUCAGCGUGCCAUCUCUCAGCAGUUCCUUUUCAUCUCUCAUGGCCACAUGGACCACAUAGGAGGACUACCUAUGUAUGCUGCGACUCGUUCCCUUUACAGAAUGAGACCUCCUACUAUUAUUGUACCAAAAGUAAUCAAAGAAAGUAUAGAGAAGCUUUUUGAAGCUCACCGAGCUAUGGAUCACUCAGAACUGAACCAUACUUUGAUUGGGUUGGAUGUGGGAGAAGAAUUCUACUUGAGGAAGGAUCUUAAAGUUAGAGCAUUUAAGACUUAUCAUGUCAUUCCUAGCCAGGGUUAUAUAGUAUAUUCAAUCAAGCAGAAACUUAAGCAAGAAUAUGUUGGCCUUCCAGGAGAUGAGAUUAAGAAGUUAAAGUUAUCAGGUGUGGAGAUCACGAACACUUCAACAGCACCUGAAAUUGCAUUUACAGGUGAUACCAUGUCAGACUUCAUUAAGGAUCCCAAAAAUAUUGAUGUUUUGAGGGCAAAAAUCCUCAUAAUGGAGAGCACUUAUGUGGAGGACAAAACGACAGCAGAUAAUGCAAGAGAAUAUGGACAUACUCAUCUGUCUGAGGUUAUUGAGGAGGCUAUUUCUGCAAUACCUCCGCCUUUGGCAGGCAGAGUUUUUGCGCUUACAGAAGGCUUUUGAUGCAACGCCAAAUCUACUUAUCUGGUGGACAUUUCCUUUUCCUUUCCCCUCCCCUAUGAUUUGGCUGAUUUCAUAAAGAGCAGUAAUGAUGAAGAAAAUUUUUGCUAUGGAAGUUAGCUUGUAAUAGUUUAAAACUAAGCCAGAGCCAGUUCAAUCUGAUUUAUUAUGGUCCUCUGGGGAUA